CACUGGCCGAGAUAGUAAUCCUCUCAGGAGAAUAAACACGGCACAACAACACAAGGACCUGCGUAGGAUGUAUAAUCGUCGACUGUCUCUCAUCCUCUAUAUUCGUACAGUUUGAAAAGUCUUAUUAGUAUUGUGUACGCUUGGGAAGAAAUGGUUACGAUGAGCGGACUGUGUGAGAUGGACUGCAAUGUGCUGAAAAGGCUGCUGAAAGAGGACAGUGGGAAAUGCCUGCUGUUGGACUGUAGGUCCUUCUUGGCUUUCAGCGCCGGACACAUCCGAGGCGCUGUGAACAUCCGCUGUAACACUAUCGUGCGGAGACGGGCGAAGGGCUCCGUAUCCCUGGACCAGAUCCUGUCGGGUGACGAGGAGGUCAAAAUGCGGCUUCAGUCCGGACUCUACUCCGCUGUUAUUCUGUACGACGAGAGGACGCCUGAUGCGGACAACGUGAAGGACGGCAGCACGGUUACUUUGGUUCUUAACGCCUUGUACAGGGAUACAUUUGGGACUGAAAUAUAUCUACUGAAAGGGGGCUACGACAGAUUUUUCUCGGAGUAUCCCGAAUUUUGCCUGAAAACCAAAAUUUUGUCCAGCUCCUCAUUCCAGUCCGACGGAGAGCCCAGCUGCAGCUCCUGUGGGACCCCCCACCACGACCAGGGAGGGCCAGUGGAGAUUCUUCCCUUCUUGUUCCUGGGCAGCGCGUAUCAUGCCUCCAAGAAGGACAUGCUGGAUGGCAUGGGCAUUUCUGCGCUACUCAAUGUGUCCUCCAGCUGCCCCAACCACUUCGAGGGCGUCUACACGUACAAGUGCAUUCCGGUGGAAGACAACCACAAGGCAGACAUCAGCUCCUGGUUUAUCGAGGCCAUCGACUACAUCGAUUCGGUGAAGGCCUCCAAUGGCCGUGUGCUGGUACACUGCCAGGCGGGGAUCUCGCGCUCGGCCACCAUCUGCCUGGCCUACCUGAUGAAGAGGAAGCAGGUGCGCCUGGAGGAGGCCUUUGAGUUCGUGCGACAGCGGCGCAGCGUCAUCUCGCCUAAUUUCAGCUUCAUGGGCCAGCUGCUGCAGUUCGAAUCCCAGGUCCUGGCUACGUCCUGCUCUGUGGAGGCUGCUACCCCCCCCCCCUUCACACGGACCCAAGGUGGUGGCCCCCACCACCUCUGUCACUUCCUCCUCCUCCUCCACCACACCCACCUCCCCCUUCGUCUUCAGCUUCCCCGUCUCUGUGGUGACGCAUGGGCAGCCCAACGGCCUGUCCUAUCUGCAGAGCCCCAUCACCACCUCACCCAGCUGCUGAGGCCCCCCCCCUCCCCGCCCCCCCCACUCAGGGACUGAGAGACAUGUGCCAACGUCCUCCACGCAGCUGAAGCUUCUAUAGUACUCCACACCGAAAGCUGAAAAUUCUAGAACACCCCAGACUGUUGGUGUAAGUGUCUAGAAUACUCUGGAAGUUUGUUUGGAGUGGCUGUGAUUCCUCGGAUAGAGGCCAAAGCUCCUAGGAUGAACUGGAUAGUGGAUAGGUGGCAGAAGCUUCUAGAAUGCUGAAUAGUUUAAAAAAAAAUCAACAGGGUGUCGAUCUUGUCUUACUGACACAAAUGGGGACAUGGCUUAAAAAGCAGACUACAGUGCUUUCGUAGCCUCUACUGUAAAACAAUAAUUUUGUGUUUGAAAAAUUGUCCUCGGUUUCGUUUGGAAAUUCACAGAGCACUAUAUACGUGUGUGAGGUUUCAGUAGGAGAAUCGCUUACGGGAAAACCCUCACCGUUAGCUCAGAGCUGCUUUCAUCUUCUGUCAGCAGCCUACGUCUGCCACUGCUGUGACGUUCUACGGUAUCCAUCAGAGUUCCAUUCAUAUCGUGUGUUUUUCAUCGUGUCUUCCAAAGGCUCUCCUCCAGUGGUGGCUUUGGGUGGCCUGUUCCCAGCCCCCCCCCCCCCCCCCAUUCGAAGACUCUAGCCAAUUGCCUGGCUGCCUUUACCUCCUUUGCUGACCCUAUCGCAGUCAGGCAGAUGAAGGUGGGAACUGAGAUAGUGUGGUUUUGGUGUGAAGGUAUAAAGAAUGAUUGCGGUUGUUGCUUUGGAGCCAGUAGGCAGAGAAUAAUAACACGCAGUACAAUGACAUCAAUAAGUAGCAUGUUUGCCAGGCAGAAGGGGAGUCUCUCAUAAAACAGGAGUCCAGAUGAUUUCCCCUCUUUUUGUCAGUGCCUUCGUCUCAGACAAGGUACACAAUACUCCAGAUGUUUUGGGGAAUCCCACGUCCGCAUCCAAUGUAAUUUUACAUCGGUCUGACGAUGGAAAAUACUGAUCUCCUGCAGUGACAGCCAGCCAUUUUCAACCUUCUAGACUGCAAUAUUUCUCCAUCAAGUCUCAACAUUUCCUCAGUUUUUAUACGUUUGCGAAUCAGAGCAAUAAUUUUCUUUCCUCUCUUCGGUGGCCACCAAAGCCCAGGCGGACUGGGAAUAUUUAUUUCACGACCCGCUCACUUUUUAGAGACUUAAAAGCUCAGUGUGAGUCACGCUUCAUCAGUGACUGUAUGAUGACUGAAGAAUGUUGUCUUUGUUUUUCGAUCCCUAUCAGGCACUGAGACCUGGCCAGCGUCCUGUGAUUUGUGUUUGUUUAUGAUGCGUGUUUUGUUUGAGCCCCACCCCUUAUCUCUCAGUGAUGAAGUGGGAGGGUCCAAAAAAGCCCCCCCCCCCUGCUUGAAGUAUGUCCUGGAGCCCCUCCCACAUGACCUUGUAAUGGAACCAUAGGUAGUCUGAAAUCACUGGAAAUGUAGGAUAAACCAGCGGAGAAGGUGUUCCGUGCCACAGAACCUUCACCCACUGGAGUGUCCAGGUAGACUUCUCUGGAAUGAGGGAUCCACUCGGCCUUGGGCACCCCCCCCAUGUUCUUCUGCUUGAGUUCUUGAGACACAACUCUGUAAAGAAACCACUCAUGAAUCCAGACAAGAUGCCUUUAGGAUUUGGGCUUUUUUAAAGAAACAUAGGAUUUUCUUUUUCCUUUUGAAGAAUGUUGGCACCUUGUUAUAGAGCACUUUUAAAGUGAUGCAAUACCCUAGUCAACUUUUAAAUUAAUUUGCACAUUACUAUAAGAGAAGGUGGUAGCUACCAUUUUUAAAACUCUUUUUGUUGAAGUAUUUUAGUCCAGUGAGAAAUUAAUAUAUUACAGGUGUAUAACUGUCAAUCAUUGAGCAAUGCAAUACUUUAUAUCUGUGUGGAGUGAAAUGUUAUUGUCGGAGUUCCCAUGGCAAUAUCAUUCAUAAAGAUACAAUUUCUAGACUUUUUCCCUCUUUUGUUAUAUGGUAUGUUCCUUUUAUUUAUUUCUUGAACUCCAUUUAAAUAUAACAGUUUUCAUAAUCAAA